AUGGAGGGUGCCCUCCAGUCGCUGAUAGAUGAGUACAAAGUGGAUGCGUUUGACGCUCUCCACUUCAAGCUUAGUAAGAGUUUUUCUAACUAAAUUCUGACCUAUUUAAUGCAUAUCUUGGUACUCCGGAUACCGUGUCUCGAAGUCAUGACUUCGACAGUAAUAUUUUUUGUUUUUCGGACUACCCCGAGUGGACAAGCCACCUUGUCGUAUUUAUUUUUAUUUGCACAUCUUUAUGCGUUUUUCUCCUUUAUAACGAUUGUCACCUAUACUGAGUCCUCCUAAACGAUUUGGUAGUUCGAGAGAAGAGCGAUCUCCAGGACGGCGAGUCAUUCAAUCCCGAGAUGACGCACCAGAUCUUUGGCGAAAGGUACGCAUUUCUGUCUUACGUCUUAAACCUUAUGCAGCGAAAAGAUAUUCGGCUAUAAAGACUUGGAUGUGACUGUCGCUGUAAUGGCCGGAUCCCUCUCAACUUUCGUUGAUAUCAAGUACUCCGAGAAAAUAUCCCCAAACUUAUCGAAAGGAGUGGAGGUAUAUUCAUCUGCCUUAUCACUUUGUCAACCGUCUAGCCAGAUGAUAUUAUAAAAGAAAUGAGCAAAAUUUACGAUGAAAAAUUAAUUACUUCAGAAGCUGACUUCUGGAAGACCUUUGAAGAGGAGUUAAAUUUCAGGCCUUUCGGAACUUUGAAGUCGGGUUAUACCCUCAGUAAAGGUAUUCGAUGAAGCGCUUUCUCCUUUUACUAUCUAAUUUACAGGAGGACAUGCUCAUGAAUUUGUAAUCUACCACGUAGAUCAAAGCGCAGACAACUUUGAGGAGUUCACUAAGUAUCAUAAGCGGAUGGAGCCGUUCUUAAUGUAUUUUAUCGACGGUUCCAGUUUCAUUACAUUGGACGAAAACUGGAGUUUCUACAUCUUGUAUGUUUAGCUUUUUCUCUGGACUUAUUUUCCUUUAUAGAUACGAAAAAUUCACAUCUCAUAGUUCACCAGAAAAACGCUAUGCCUUGGUGGGAUUUCUGACCGUGUAUGCAUUUUAUGCCUUUCCGGAACAUGUGCGACCUCGGGUCAGCCAGGCGCUAAUUCUUCCACCUUUCAGGGGAAUGGGCCACGCUACUCGCCUUUUAGAGUCUGUUUAUGACGACUUCGUGCCCCUCCCCAAGGUUAUCGACAUCACGGGUUCGUUGUGGCCGCAUUUUCUUCUUACUGUACUUUUGUUCGCAUGCAAAUAACAUCCAUACUAAUUACAAGUUGAAUUAUCGCACUUAUAUGUCAGCAUCACUUUCUUGCUUACUCGUUAUUAUUUAAGUUACCUUUACGCGGUUUCUGAUUAACCUGAAAACGUUCAUUUCAAGUUAGUAAGAUUGUCACAUUCGCGCCAUUUUGCAGUGGAGGAACCCUCACCGGAAUUUCAACGUCUCAGGGACUUUCUAGAUUGCAAGCGUUGCCUUCAAUUAGAUGAAUGCCUUCGGCAAAUCAGAUCGGCCAUAGCAUCUUCGGCCGCUCUAGCCACAAACGGUCGCGUUGCCGGUGAAGACGAAGAGGUACCUAGCUGCCCAAAAAGACGCCGCACCUCGGCUAUGGCAUUGGCCGCCACCGCCAAUCCCGCCGCGCCUUUUGUCUGUGUGGCAAAAGAGAAGCUAAAGCUCUGCAGGAAACAGGCUUAUCGUGUCUAUGAUAUCCUCCGCCUCUUCCUUCUGCCCCGAAACAAUCCGGAAGCGGAAAACAAGUAUAAAAAUGCCCUGAAAGAACGCACGAAGAUUAUUUACCGCGUAAGCUUUCUGAUUCAUCCAUAUUUCACCUCAACUUCCGUGGUCUCAGGGCUUGCCGAAGAUCAUUUGAACCUUCCUCCAUUAGAACUUACACUCUUAUUUUAUAAGAAGUCACAUGCCCUUCUAAGGGUAAACCCGUGCGACAUAGCGUUACAUUCCACAGAGUAGGAAUUUUUGCCUGUUCCGAUGUUUAUCCUUUGAAUAAACGCUUAUUUGCUGACGUGGAGGAUGGUGGGGUUUUCGUGCGGAAGGAAACCAAAAUAAUGACAGCUAUCAACCACGCUGAACAGCAGGUCUUUCCCAAUGCACAUUUUCUGUCGCCUCUCGUCUGUUGAGUUAUUCCAGAUCGUUCUUGUGAGUGUUAUGGUGUACUUUGCUUUUUACGUGGAACUGGUCCAACCAUUACAUGUUACUUUUUCAUUGUCUCAUAAGUAAAAGUCUUUCGUCCCAUCUAUUCGGUAGCCGAUCCUCGAGAUAAGUUAAGCCAGCUUUUCACACCAGAGAUGCGCGCGCGGUUAUUUUCACCACUCAGUCACCCUUCUCAAAGUCGUCGCAAGGUAACACCGGCACCAAGCGAUCUUGACUUGGGGUUGGGGCGGCACAUGGCUGAACCAUCUGUGCCGACCAACGCAAGGGACGGAGUUAACUCAUCCUUUCCCAUACUGACAGUAUAGCACUUCGCAAGAUAUGCCGUUGCAGAGAGGUAUCUAUUGAGUGGAGCGCAUAGAUCAUCUCUUUUACCUUAAAAAGGCUGUCUCAACGGAAGUCUUAUAUACUUUUACCUAGGUCUUUUGCAAAUUUCAUACAUAUUUUAGAUGUUUUGAUGGAGUCGAACGAAGUCUAACUUGCCGGCAUAUCUGUCUUGCCAUUCAGGGCAGGAUAUAUGUAUGAGGAGAGUGAGGUUAAAGUUACACUUACCUUCCGUGCUGUAAGUCAGAUAACUUGAAAGUCGUCACUACACCCUCUGUACUGUGUUAGUUUUCGCCGCUUACGUCUGACAGCUACCAUUCCCUGACCCGGCCGAUGUUUGUGGUCGUGAGCUUCAUAGGAACCCUUUUCGUCUUAAAAAAAGCUUGCUUUCGGCCUCGCUUCAGCCGUAUUGACUACUCUUGCUCACAACGGGCUGAACUCCCGCAAAGGAUUUCUUAAGCACCGAAACAUUCUGAACGGUCGUCUACUAGUGUGCACUGAAAAAAUUUGCCUCUCAUGUAGUCGGAAAAUAUUGGUGAGCAGACGCAGCCCUGUCAGGCCUUGGAGGCAACAUAAAAGAAAUCGGCAACGGCAGAGUAAAGGACCCCAGUUAGCUGUCGGUGUGCCGUGGAUCUUAUCAUACGGAAAUGGUGGUAAUGGGGGGUCUUGCGGGUGAGGCAGCACGCCGGACAGUAAGCUGGCGAGAUGCAGGAAAACUCAGAAGACGGUCGAUGGUAAAAACGAUACUUUCGAGUUAAAUCAUGAGUGUAUGCGGACACGGUAUCUACCGGGAUAUUUCGUGGCGUUCCAUCUUGAAAAAGUGCCCGACCAUCAAACGACUGAGCCUAUCCUCUGGCAGACAUCUCUAUCAUCCCUCAAUUCAUGCUUAGUUAAUCUCCUUUUUUGUUUCUUCGCUCUUGCGCACAACUGCCAGUUCUAAGUACUUAACCAGAUUUCACAAGUGCAUGCAUCACCACACGAUCCACGGUAUACCGACAACUAAUUGGGGUCCUUUAUCCUACCGUUCCCAGGAAAUCACCUUCCACGGCAUUAACUCGGCCUUUGCGCCUUAAUCCGCGUUGGCAGACUAGCCAACAAUUGUAAUCGCGCUGUCAUGCCGUCGCAGUUUGACCGGCCAUAGAAGAUUCCACAGUAGCCAAACCAAGGUAAACUGUUCCGCAUUUAAGGGUAUGGAGAGCGAGCAGUGCUCGACCACACGAUCUCGAUUUGGUCAUUGGUUGCUUCAGGGUCCCUGUAACUGUCACUGGUUUUGAGGGUGGACUUCUGUAGAAGGUCGAACACUUAAAACAGUAAGCAAAUGGUCUUGGUGCUCAAUAAGUUCUCUGCUUCCUUACCUGACUCUCCUCUUUGCUUCUACUCGCACUUUUUUGUGUCCGUGCGUGUGAGCACAGGGGGAACCGAUCAAGAAAAAUGAAUGUGAGGUCUUUGAGGACAACGUCAAAGGAAUUGUUGACAGGAUAUGUCUUGUACAGCUGGGUGUCGGUUUUCUUGAAGGUCGAUGUAACGACGGUUUCGUUCUGGCCUGUUGCCGUUUUCUCCGUUCUUUAAAUUUUUUUCCGAAGACCAUGUGGUCUAUCAACUAAUAUUGUCAAUGGGUUAAGAGGUAUUCCCCAGCAUGUAUUUUGUUUCUACUUUUUUGCUAUCUCAUGGACGAUGUCAAAGGUAGACUGUGGAGAACGGUCCCAUUUCCCGCAGUAUCCUGCAAAGAUAUCAACAACUAAGGAGGUCUGACCGACUGUCUUUACUGGGUUCUCGUGUCUUUCAGGAAAUUUCUUGCCACAAGUCGGUUACGUGUUGUUGCUGAGGCAGGGAGUCACUGGAGCCAGUUGCCGACUGACUGCGGGUGAAGGCGAUCGUUAGUGCUGUCAUGUAGCUUCGACGUGCUGCUUACCAGAACUGUAGUGAUUAUUACCGUAAUAAGUGCAAGUAGCACUACAUUAGGAUCAUAAUGACCAUAGCUGAUGUGAAAUCCAUCCCAUAUUCCCCCAUCUCUAUAUCCCCUUUGUCCACUCAGUUUACAUCAGACAGCGAUGGGGGAUUGAGACUGGUGCCGGGGUAUUAUCCGCGUAUAUUGUCUCGGUCUGCACAUGCCGCAGCGCUUCUUACUAUCUCGACUGCCCACAGCAGUAUCUACCAGACACUUAAAUUCCCUUCAUCCUCCGUGUUGAUAUUAGGCCCGCACACCUAAAGGACAGACUAAGGACAACGUUGUCGUCCGAAUUGAUUCUUCUUGUACGGGUUUGCAAGCGUUCAUUGGCUAUUAUGGACUCCUCUCCGUACGUAAAUCGCAAAAAAUUUAUGCGUUUGCCGAUCAUCCGGGUUUGUGACUACUGGGUCGUCUGGGUAGAAGACGAGCAAAACCGGCGGACGAUCAAAGUGGUUUUGCUUUCGCUCCAUCACUUGUCCCAUGAGUUUAGUGCUGCCGAAACUCCGACGGUAGGGGUGACCAGCUCAGAACUACGUUUUAUGUAGUCCGUCAACCUAUAAAGUCGGUUCUUCUGCCUAUAGUAUUUGGUCUUAUUCUCUGCAACGGAGAGCGGGCCGAACCGUAGGCCUUCGCGAUCGUAUUCUCCGGAACUUUAUAACUGUGGCCGACCAUAUCAGGCAUGGCCCUAGGUAUGCGUCGGUUUUUCCUAAAUUAGAUGACCGAAUUUGCCAUGAUAAGGGCAUGAUUGAAUUUUGUGAUUGAAUUAAUCACUAUGUCACAUGUAAGCAGACCUACUGUACUGAGAGAAUGACUGGACGCAGAAUGGCAGUUUGACCGCUCGACUGUCGUGACCGACAAUGCCCGCCGUGUGAUCCACAACAGGGCGAGAGCCAGGCACGGUGAUUUGUUUAUAAUGAUAGUAGACUUGCACUGUGCCUACCCCACCCUCUCCUCCCCCACGCGGGCCCGAUAUCAUGACAUAAUCAAGAAGACCUGAGGCGGGAGGAGGCGCAGGUGGCUGGCGCGGCCGGACCCGCACCUAGGUGUACCACCACACACCCUGGUCCACAACACCCCGGACGCAGAAUACGAAUCAAAACACUGACUCAAAUAUUCAUCGGGCAGGUCACCCCAUUCGAAGAAACACUUCGUCCCCUCACUUGAGAAACUCUGCUACUGGUAGGCCGUCUGUUACACAGGGUCACCUUUUUCGAGUACCUGUUUCCGGCCACGUUUAGGGUAGAUUAAGUUCAUUUUUUUCAAUUCCAAAUUUAGUUUUAGCGCUUUUGAUGAAAUGUUUUACACUUACUGUACUUGAGGUGGAAACUACAUUUUUAUCUUUCCAAUCCCCAUAAAAACACAGUUUAUGGUUUAAUUGUCAUUCUCAAUCUACUCUAGACGUGCUUCUGGCCUUUGAAAUGCAGAAGCGGGUCUCAACAUGUCAGGAAGCUUUUGUAAGGGCCGAGUUCUCUUCUGUUGUUUUGUGUUUAUGGCAUUUACGCCGCUUUUUUCUGUUUCCUUCUGCGAAGAGAGUAAGUAUGCUAGGUGUUUUUUUAUUUUUCAGAGAGUCAACGUGAAGUCCAUGUACACCGAUCCUACGUCUGCGUCCGCCAAUGGCGACAUGGAGAAGAGAGCUGAAUCUCUUCUCAUGACCACUCUGAUGGACCAACAGCUUGAGCAGGAAGUCAAUGCCCUUGCCGGCGCGCUAUGGGACUCCUAUUCAAACGUUGUUCGAAAGUUAGACGAGGCAAUCAAAGCCGGCGAUUUUACUGUGGACAAGAAUUUCCCAUAA